AUGUCAACAAAAACUUCGCAAACAGCAAACUCCUCAAAAGCCUCACAAGUUAAAGCUGAGAUGAAUGCAGUCUGGGUCUUGACAACAUUUUUUUCUCGGUACAAAAGAGAUUUCGAAAUCGAACAAAUCGACCAACGUUGCUUCGUUUCUGAAGAACUUGCACGAAGAGCUAUGAGGAAAACAGCAAAACAGCUAUACAAUUCUCCAAUCAUCCAGGAAGCUCAUGACAAAUAUUUUGAAGAAUAUGAGUCAGAAAUACACUUUGGAGAAAAUCCCGAAUCUACUGCUUAUAGAAGAGAAUUUGGUUGUUGCAAAAUCGAACUCGUUGAAAUUGAAGGCUGA